AUGACCCUUCUCUCACAUCCCUUUAAGUCGAGCAAAGGUACUAAAGUUAUUAAAGCCAUAGAAGCUGAAUACAAGUGCACUGUUGAGUUAGUUGACCUGGAUCAGCUGGAGGAACAGGGAGCAAGCUCUUCGAAAGGAAUGGGGGGCUCCAAAAGAGUGGCGAAUGAAGAGGUAAUUUGCAGCUACACCACAAUGGAAAAGAAAAAGCUCGUCUAUAAAGAUGAUCUUACAAAACAUCCAGUGGAUCUGAUCGUCAAUGCAGCCAACGAGAAUCUUCAGCAUGUUGGAGGGUUCGCAUGGGAUAUUGUUAGAGUCGGUGGCCAAGGAAUACAAAGUGAAUGUAACAGAUACAUGAACUCGCAUGGUCCACUUAUCGAGGGCCAUGUGCUGGAAACAGGACCUGGGCAGCUACCAUGUAAGAGAAUUAUCCACGCUGUUGGCCCUCGCUGGGAUUCAUUCAGAGAUCAAGGAGAUAGCGGGUCAAGAAGAAAGAAGGAUAUCCUAAGGUUUACCUUUGAGAAUUGUCUUGAUAGAGCAAAGAACUACCGUUCAAUAGCCGUCCCUGCAGUCAGUGCAGGCAUAUUUGGAUUUCCCCUUGAUCUUUGUGCAAGUAUUUUGGUGGAAACCGUCAUGACUUUCUUCCAGAAGAAUCCUCAUUGCAAUCUCUCUGAGGUCCAUUUUACAAAUAUUGAUGACAUGACCGUUAAAGCGUUCUUUGAUGAAACGAAAAGGCAGUUUGGUAAAGAACGAACAUUCAACGAAGGAAUGGACAAGCCGACUUUGGUUAGUUCCAAUCUCUAUCAAGAGUCCAAGUCAACAUCCUCUUCUUUUCCUGCUUCAUCAAGUGGUAAAGUACUGACCACUCCUGAGGGAAUUUCAAUAUUCGUCAGCAAUGGAGAUAUAUCUCAAGAGAAAGCCGAUGUGCUGGUUAAUACAGCUGGAGAAGACUUGAACUUACAGAAUAAUGCCUGCGCACGUUCCUUUUGUAAGGCUGCAGGACCGAAUUUGCAGAGAUAUUGUAGCAAGAUAUCACCAGUGAAAGUGGGAGAAAUUGGUGUAACUAAACCAGGUAAUCUCCAAUGUCAGCACGUAUUCCAUGCUGUUUGUGGAGACUAUAAAAGUCGACCCAAUUCCCUAAAAGAAGUAAAGUUUGUUCUGUAUGACAAAGAUCACCUCACCGUGCAGGCCUUCAGAGAUGAAACAGCAAGUCGAUCGUCAAGUUCCAAAAGCUUCGGAACACCGAAGAGAAGAACUUCCCGAAAAACAAACAUGACACUAAGAAAAAGAAAGGAAGAUUGGUUUGAAGUCGAAAUGGAUGAGCUAUCGGUGCAGGUACAAAGUGGUGACAUUACGCAAGAAGCAACUGAUGCAAUAGUUAUUCUUUCAAAUCCUGAACUUGAUCUUACGUAUGGCGGAGGUGCUGGAGCUGCAAUUCUUAAGGCCGGUGGUCCUACCCUUGAGAGAGAAUGUCRACAACAUCCAACCCUGCAGCUGGGUGAUGUUUCCAUGACAUCGGCGGGGAGGCUGAAGGUGAAGAACCUAAUUCACUAUGUUCCAUCAGGUUCUCUAAGCGAAGCAGAACUAAUUAACACUGUUCUUGACUGCCUCCAGUUCGCUGACCAGAAAGGGUUAAGAAGCAUUUCUUUCUCUGCAAUUGGAACGGGGAAUCUCGGUGUCAAUGCAGAUAAUUGUGCAAAGGCAAUGCUGRSGGCAUUCCGUGAUUUUUCUAAAACGAAUCCAAAAUCAGUCCAACUUGUUCGGGUUGUAAUUUUCCAGAAAUCAAUGGUUAAGCAUUUCUAUUCACAAAUGAAGGAAUUUGUUGGAGAAGUACCAGAUAAAGAUUUAAGCCCUAGUAUCUUUAGAAAGCUCACCAAUUUCAUUGGAAUUACCAGUGAAGAAGAAAGAGGCGUAGAAAUAGACCCAGAGAUAGAGCAUUACGAAAGCUCUGAAAUUGUUCUUCAUGUGUACAGCGGUCAUCAAAAAUCUCUUGAUGCUGCUGUGAAUGCUAUUAAAGUUAUGAUCAACGAAAAUUGCAAACGGCAAGUUAUUACUAACGACGCAAUAGCCCACAUGGACCAGAAUGAUCGAAGAAAGAUACGCACACUUGAGAGUCAAUUUGACUGCAAAAUACUAGUGGAAGUUGCUGUAAGUCGAAUKAUCGUGGAAGGAAACAAUGAAGAUAUUUUGGGAGCUUUGUCUGCGAUCCAUGAUAUAUUACACGACGUAACUGACAGAGUAAAACGACUUGAACAAGCUGAGCUUCUUGCUAAAGACGUGGAAUGGCAAUACGAAGCAAGCGAUGGCUUUACUGCCUACAGUAAGGAGUCGAACGCCAAGAUUGAAUUUGCGUUUCAAAACAAGGACAAAGAGGUCACUUUUGAGGAAGAUGAAGAAGAGUUGAAAAUAAACUUUUCUCUUAAAACAGAAUACAGUGCAGAGGGAGAAACAAAAGUAAUGAGGAAAGGUCAAAGCGGUAAGACUUCUCUCUAUGGUCAAGGAGUGUACUUCGCUGUAGAAGCAGAAAUAUCUGCGAGAUCAAAUUACUCGCCACCAGAUCGACAGGGCAAUCGUUACAUGUACGUGGCACGUGUAUUAACGGGUGAAUAUACUGUUGGGGACCAGUCUAUGGGCGUACCUCCACCAAAGAGUCCUGCAAACAUUACAGAUAGGUACGACACAGUAGUAGACGACGUGGCAAACCCAUCUAUCUUUGUAGCUUUCUUUGAUUGGCAGUGCUAUCCCGAAUAUCUUAUAACAUUUCAGUGA